CUGGUACGCAUUGCAAAAGUGCUGGGUACAGAAGAGUUGCAUGAGUACAUUGACAAGUAUCACAUAGAACUUGAUCCAAGAUUCAAUGAUAUCCUUGGUCGGCAUUCACGGAAACGUUGGGAGAGAUUUAUCCACGCGGAAAACCAACAUCUUGUGACACCUGAAGCCAUCGAUUUCCUCGACAAAUUACUUCGCUAUGAUCAUCAGGAACGUUUAACAGCUCGUGAAGCUAUGGCACAUCCCUAUUUCUAUCCUGUUGUUGAAGCAGCUCGUCAAGGAGGGGACGCGAUUUCCGUAAAGAGCGAUCAUUCCGAAGUCCUUCCACAAGUGGCCGCUACUUCAUAA